AAUAUUUGGAAGAAAUAUAAUUAGGAUCAAAUUGAAGUACUCAUCAUGAGUUCUAACGUUGUUCCUGUUCCAAAUGAAGAAAAUAUUACUAUUAUUUCUCAACACGACCAGAACAAAUUACAAAAACCUAAACUUUCCUUUAUUAAUAUUGUCUCAUUUCUCAAGGAAAGAUUAGCCAAAUUGGAUAUGAAGAAAGUAAUACAUAGUGUCAAAGUUGGUAUUGCUUUAGUAUUGGUAUCACUUUUGUACUUGCUUGAUCCUCUAUUCCAAACAGUAGGACAAAAUGCUAUGUGGGCUAUUAUGACUGUUGUUGUCGUCUUCGAGUUUUUCGUAGGUGCUACACUAAGCAAAGGUAUAAAUCGAGCGAUUGGCACCGUAUUGGGCGGAGGAUUGGGAUGUUUGGCUGCAAUUUUAGCUGAUGAAAGUGGUGAAAUUGGUGGCGCUUUAGUUGUUGGCAUCUCUGUCAUUAUCAUUGGUGUUGGUGCAACGUACUCAAGGUUGAUACCAAGUGUGAAGAAGAGAUAUGACUAUGGAGUUAUGAUAUUCAUACUAACAUUCAGUUUAGUAGUAGUAUCAGGUGUUCGAGCUGACAAAAUAAUGAAGUUGGCUGGAGAAAGACUCUCCAACAUUGGCAUAGGCUUUGCUGUUUGCAUAUUUACAACUUUCAUAUACCCUAUUUGGGCUAGUGAUGAACUUCAUUCCUCUACUGCAUCUAAGUUUGAUAAACUUGCCUCUUCUAUCCAAGGGUGCUUAGAGGAAUAUUUUGAGAGAGACAAUGAUAAGGGGAAAAAGCCAUCUAUGAACGUUAGUGGAUGCAAAUCAGUGAUGCACUCUAAGUCCAGUGAUGAGUCAUUGGCAAAUUUUGCCAAAUGGGAACCUUGGCAUGGAAAAUUUGGGUUUUCUUAUCCAUGGGAGAAGUAUCUGAAUAUUGGAGAAGUUUUAAGGGAACUUGCAGCAAUGGUCCUCUCAUUUAAAGGAUGUAUUCAGUCAGUAAGACAGCCAUCCCAAACGGAAAGAGACAGCAUAAGAGAGCCAUGCGAGAAAAUAGGGUUGUCACUUGUAACAAUUUUGAUGGAACUUGGAGACAGCAUAAGAGACAUGAAAAUAUGUCGUGCCAAAAUUUUGAUAACACAAUGCAUGAGACAAGAGCUAAGCCUCCUUGUAAAAUCAGACAAUAAUAAUUCGACUGAUGAAACUACACUUGGGUUGGCCAGCUUUAUUUUUCAAAUUUUAGAGAUGGUGGACAAGGUUGAAUUGUUGGCUACAAAGGUGGAAGAACUUGGUGAAAUUGCUCACUUUCACAACAAGAAAUUAGAUGUUUGAGUUGUUAUA